GACGUCGCGAGGGACCAGGAAGUUGCCGCUCCGCCCGUGAACUGAAAUCCGAGGCCACGCCCGCUUGAGCUGCUAUACCGCUCUUAUUUUGAGAAGCGACCUGCCCACAACAACAAUAACAACAAGCUGUCGCUUCCUCUGUCGAAUUUGUCUGAUGGAGCAAAGGCAGUCGGCGCAGCUCGGUGCCAAAAGGCAACAAUGCGACCGGUGUGCAUACAGCACGGAUCGUCCUGGACAUUUGACAAGGCACCAGAGAACUCACACAGGAGAGAAACCCUUCAAGUGCACUGUGUGCGGGAACGCGUUUUCAGAUUCGUAUACUCUUGUAAAACACCAGAGAACACACACGGGAGAGAAACCCUUCAGGUGUAGUUUGUGUGGGAAGGCGUUUGCACGUUUAUCUACUCUUGUAGCACACCAGAGAACACACACGGGAGAGAAACCCUUCAAGUGCAAUGUUUGUGGGAAGGCGUUUGCACAUUCAUCUGCUCUUGUAAUACACCAGAGAACACACACGGGAGAGAAACCCUUCAAGUGCAUUGUGUGUGGGAAGGCGUUUGCACAGUCAUCUGCUCUUGAAAAACACCAGAGAACACACAAGCAUCAGAAGAUCCACAAGGACUGGAGUCUGAAAUCAGCUUGUGAAAGUCAAAGUGCCGCAAUGAGCCCAUCCCUCAUCAAACAAGAACCGGAAGAAAAUCCCAGCUUGGACACUUUUAAAGGUAUCGAGGUGAAAUGUGAAGAAGUGAUGGUAAAAUGUGAAGAUGAAGAUUCAAUUCCAAAAUCGGACCUUCACAUCGAUGGAGGCAACGUGAAGCAGGAGGAGAAUUCUGACUGUGAGGCAGAGCGAGGCAACUCCCAGCAGUUUGUGGAGGUGGAGGUGUGGGUGGACUUCAUCCGACAAUACAAUGUCAAGUCAAAUGGAGACCCGGUAGAUAUGUAAGCUUGAGACGAUGUUGCUCCAAUAGAUGCACCUUUUGUCACAGACCUUUAAUGACAAGAAAUAAGUUGAACACUCAAUUCCUAGGUUCACCUUGCAGGGUACGAGCGGCCAGUCUUUAUGGACCUGUGGGUUGGGUAGAUCUCUAACCAGGAGCGAGACCCAAUAAGCUCCCAAGCAUUCACUUUGUUCUAAUAAUUCCAUUUUUAUGGUGCUCUAUCGCCCCGGCAAUUCGGAGUUUUGUAUCGUAUCUCGUCUCAAACACUCGAAGAGCAUCCCCAAGUAGCAGCUGCCCCUGUGCGGCACAAGGUGGUGGCUCUGCACCGGCCUGCAUGUGGAAAAUAGCCUGUUUGGAAUUUGCUCAAUUUUGACCCAGACGCCAGCAUGCAAUGGCCUACUUGUUUUGAUUGGCGCAAUGGUAUGUUGUACGUACACUGUUAAGCAGACGGUGCAUAUUUUUUUUUAAAUAGCUUAUUAAUACGAUGUAACCUGUUGCAGUAUAUUUCAGUGCAGUAAUUCAAUUUUGUUAAACUGACUCCAUAAUUUAGAAUGAAUACUUGUAUGAUUGUGUGCGUACAUGUAACAUUUUGUCUAUAAGGGUCAAACAUUGAAUAAGUGAUGUUCGGACAAAGAGUGUGUUUUGGAAUAACCUGUAAAGAUAACUCUGGUGAGACCCGUUGUUUUUCUGAUAUAGGUCAAAAGGUAUUUUUGUGUUUUCAGGAAGCGUCUGCCUCUGGAGCAACUCAUUGUCUUUGAAAUAGGGAGCACACUCGGAUCAUUCAUCAGUUACAAGGCAUACCACUCAAAAGUUACACGUAGAGGAGAUACAUUCUCUACAACACGAAUUAUAAUUGUGUCUUACGUGUUGACGUAGAUUUUGUCUAACUAGUAUGAGA